ACCUACUAUCGGCCACACAAAGAAAGGGAAAAAAAGUGCUAUUAGCAGCCAAGAAAGUGUUUGGCAAAGCUGCUGAUCCAUGUUCAUAAAGCAGUUGAAACACAGUUAGGGUCCAUCCCCUCCUUCUGAUGUACAUUAUUACAACAAGGGACACCCAAUCAAGCGCGUAUCUCAUCGAUUCAGACCGCUCUCAAAUGGAUUUUGUAUAUGCACUUGGGCAAAAUAACCCUGUGAGCCAGUCUAUCAAAGGCAAUUCUGUCCACUUCUGCUAAUAUUUGCCUUCCCUUCCGUGACAUCGAAAACGAUAUUCAAGUACAGCGCGAAGGGGGCUGCAAGUCACUUGGAUUUUCAUCUGAUGGCUUCAGCAACCAGCAAAAUUAAAUAGGCUACUAGCCUGCUUUUCAAAUUAUGUCUGUUUGGGAACAGAUUGCACAUGGAUAGUCACCAGAAUAACUUGCCUGUUGCAGCUCCCAGCGCUGAGUGAGGAUCGCACUAAGGCAGAAGCUUUUUUCACUGUACUAUCCGUCUCCACACUGUGAUAUCCAAGUCGGGGGGUGCGGAGGGGGGGAAGAGAGAGAGAGAGAGAGAUCAGCCUCUCCUUCAGAUCUGCCUUUUCUUCAGUGUCUUGACUUUUUGUUUGAAAACUGCCGAUCUAUGCCAGCCUGCUGAAAGCGCCCCAGGUAUCGUGUAUGAAAGCAAGGCAAUCAAAGAGGAGCGGACCAGCUCGGAAUCAAGGCGGCUAGAGGAACUCUUCAGAAACCCUAAAACAAGCAUGCCGCGGAGGAAACAACAAGCGCCCAGGCGCGCAGCAGCCUAUGUUCCAGAUGAGCUAAAGGCUGCAGCGUUGGUGGAUGAAGAGCUUGAAGGAGAUGACUCUGCUGUGGAAGAGGAACCCCCCGUGAAGUACAUGUGCUCAGAAAAGGACUUCUUAAAAGACUCCCAGAGCUACCAGGACUCCCCUGCCGCGGAGUUCUCCAGCCAUGAAAUGGACAGCGAGUCACAUCUGAGUGAAGCCAGUGACCGCAUGUCAGACUUUGAGAGUGCUUCGGUUAAAAAUGAGGAGGAGAGCAAAGAGGCACUAGUCUCAAGCGAAGACACCCCAGCCGCAGACAGCCUUGAACAGAUGAAGGCAAUCUACAAUACCUUCCUGACCAACUCCUACUGGUCUUCUCUAAACCUGAACCUCAGCCAGGGUGCAGCUGAUAAACCCCAGGGCAGCAGCAGCAGCAGCAGCAGUAGCAGCAGCAGUAGCUGUGGUAGUGGCAGCUUUGACUGGCACCAGUCCGCCAUGGCGAAAACAUUGCAGCAAGUUUCUCAGAACAGGCUCCACCCUGAACCCAGCCUUUUCAGCACUGUCCAGCUCUAUCGGCAAAGCAGCAAACUGUAUGGUUCCAUCUUCACUGGUGCCAGCAAAUUCCGUUGCAAAGACUGCAGUGCUGCCUAUGAUACGCUGGUGGAGCUGACAGUACACAUGAAUGAGACUGGCCAUUACCGCGAUGACAACCACGAGACAGACAACAACAACCCUAAGCGCUGGUCCAAGCCACGUAAACGCUCCUUGCUAGAGAUGGAAGGUAAAGAGGAUGCUCAGAAGGUCCUCAAGUGCAUGUAUUGUGGCCACUCCUUUGAGUCUUUGCAGGACCUCAGCGUCCACAUGAUCAAGACGAAACACUACCAGAAAGUGCCUCUCAAGGAGCCUGUGACCCCUGUGGCAGCCAAAAUAAUCUCCUCAACCCGAAAAAGGGCCCCCAUUGAGCUGGACCUCCCCAGCUCCCCGGAUUCCUCAGCAGGGACACCCAAACCUUCCUUAACAGACCCCAGUGAUGCCCUUCAGAAGGCCUCCAAUCCCUACAUUACUCCAAACAACCGUUACGGACAUCAGAAUGGUGCCAGCUAUGCCUGGCAAUUUGAAUCACGGAAAUCCCAGAUUCUCAAGUGCAUGGAAUGUGGGAGUUCCCAUGACACACUGCAAGAACUGACUGCACACAUGAUGGUAACAGGUCACUUCAUUAAGGUGACCAAUUCAGCAAUCAAGAAAGGCAGGCCCAUUGUGGAAGCCCCUGCUACACCAGUGCCAACCACCCCUGCUGAGGAAAAAGUUCAGUCUGUUCCUUUAGCUGCCACAACUUUCUCCCCCCCGGCUGCUGCACCAUCCAGUGUCUCCCCAAAGCUGAGUGUAGAGAUAAAGAAAGAAGAGAAAGAAGAAGAGUGUACUAAGGAGUUUAUUAAAGAAAAGAAGCCAGAUGAGGAGGAGGAGAAGUUUGACAUCUCCUCCAAAUACAACUACCUGACAGAAGAUGACCUGGAGGAGAGCCCUAAGGGAGGAUUUGACAUCCUGAAGUCACUCGAAAACACAGUGACAUCUGCUAUUAAUAAAGCGCAGAACGGUGCCCCAAGCUGGGGUGGUUACCCUAGCAUCCAUGCUGCUUAUCAGCUCCCCAAUAUCAUGAAACUGUCACUGGGGUCAUCUGGGAAAAGCUCUCCUUUAAAAUGCAUGUUUACAGGCGGAGAAAUUUUAUCCCCCACCAAAAGCCAGCCACUAGUCUCUCCACCUAGCAGCCAGACCUCACCUCUGCCAAAAAAUAAUUUCCAUGCCAUGGAAGAACUGGUUAAAAAAGUCACAGAGAAGGUGGCCAAAGUGGAAGAGAAAAUGAAGGAGCCUGAGGUGAAGACGUCUCCCCUGAGGCGAAUGACACCUUCCCCUUGCAGCAGUGAACCUGGAGAGUCUACAAAAGGCGAUUCCCCGAAAGAAAGCAGAGCUAAAAGCCCCGAGGGCAAUGCAGGCAGUAACAUGAACAAUGAGGCCCUCACAAAAGAAUCCGUUGAGAAUGGGACAGACUCUGUAAAACUCCCUGCCGCUAGUAUAUGUAGCAGCACUGCCAUUAUCACUGACCACCCUCCUGAGCAGCCCUUUGUUAACCCUUUAAGUGCGCUUCAGUCUGUAAUGAAUGUCCACCUGGGCAAAGCUGCCAAGCCAGCACUCCCCGCCCUGGACCCUAUGAGUAUGCUCUUCAAAAUGAGCAACAGCCUGGCAGAAAAAGCUGCAGUAGCCACUCCACCCAUCCAGACCAAAAAAGCAGAGAAUUUGGACCGCUAUUUCUAUCAUGUCAACAAUGACCAGCCUAUAGAUUUGACGAAAGGCAAGAGUGACAAAAGCUGCUCUUUGGGUUCAGCGCUUUUGUCAUCCACAUCGACAUCGUCUGCUUCUCCUUCAUCCGCAGUGACAACAGCAAAGACAUCUGCAGUCGUGUCAUUCAUGUCAAACUCCCCGCUACGCGAGAAUGCCUUGUCAGAUAUCUCUGAUAUGCUGAGGAAUCUGACAGAAAGUCACACAUCAAAAUCCUCUACACCUACCAGCCUGUCUGAGAAGUCAGAUGUGGAUGGCACUACCCUUGAGGAGCCAGAGGAGAUCUCCCCAGCCCAGAAACGCAAGGGGCGCCAGUCUAACUGGAACCCCCAGCACCUGCUUAUCCUUCAGGCCCAGUUUGCUGCCAGCUUGAGGCAAACAUCAGAUGGGAAGUACAUCAUGUCAGACCUUAGUCCCCAAGAGAGGAUGCACAUCUCAAGGUUUACAGGACUCUCCAUGACCACCAUAAGCCACUGGCUAGCCAAUGUAAAGUACCAGCUGAGAAGGACAGGUGGAACCAAGUUCCUAAAGAACCUGGACUCAGGACACCCAGUGUUCUUCUGUAAUGACUGUGCUUCACAAAUCCGGACUCCCUCCACAUACAUUAAUCACCUAGAGUCUCACCUGGGUUUCAGGUUGAGGGACUUGUCCAAACUGUCCAGUGAACAAAUCAAUAGCCAGAUCACACAUACGAAAAGCCUCUCUGAAAAACUGAUUCCAGCUUCCUCCCCAGAGGAGGAGAGUGGCACCUCUUACCAGUGUAAGCUCUGCAACCGGACUUUUGCAAGCAAACAUGCUGUCAAGCUUCACCUCAGCAAAACUCAUGGCAAGUCUCCUGAGGAUCACCUCAUGUAUGUGGCCGAACUGGAGAAACAGUAGCACUGGCCUCAAGGAACUAGGCUUUCACUAGCCUUUUAAUAAAACAAAAACUGCACAAUGAUGCCAUAAAGCUACUGUUUAGUUUUGGCACAUGUUUUUGAUUUAUCUCCAGAGGAGACAUCUCUGGCCCAAAACGUUGUUCUUUCCUUAUUUUUUAAAAUUUAUUUUCUAAUUGUACAGUGUUUAAUAUAGAGGUGCUGCAUAAUCAGCUGUUGUUACUGGUAAAAUAUGAAGGUAAAAAAAUGAAGUGGUAUGUGUUUGGAAUUUGUGUAAAUUGGAUUUAGUUUCUUUGCAUCCUUGAGAUGCAUUAAGCUGCAUGCAUUAAUGGACAAUUUAGUUAAGCAUUUAAUAACUAAAUCUGGUGCACUUUUAUUUUGUUUUGCGUGACCUAAGUGUGCUGGUAUCAGCCUCUAACAUUUAACCCUCUGAGUACGGCGAAGCACUUCUCUGUUCAUUUUCGAAACCAAAAUCUAGAGGAAAAAUGUUUAACUUGUGGAUUGGCAUAAAGAUCAAAAUAUUAGCAAAAAAUUGGGCCAUUGUCAGUUCCAUGGAGCAUAAUCCAAUAUUGAGGUCUUGUAUAGGUAUAGAUGUAUUAAAUGCAAAGCUAAAUGGAUCCAAAAUUUCAGUCAUGUUUAACAUUAAAUCAGGGGCCUUCAUUAAUUCAGGUCUGUGUAAAAAGAAAAGAAAAAUGUAUAUAUAAAUAUAUACCAGUUCCUGUCUAAAUUAUGCAUCAUUUUUAUAUUUUUUAAUUUAAGAAGACUAUGACUAUCUGCUGGUGCACAAUAUAUGAAGACGUUAAUGAAAUUGUUUUGCACAAUAGUUUUGUAAAAUGUUAUUUAAUAAAAAAAAACACUUUUAAAACUUUUAUUUCAGCCUCGUGCUCAAAGGGUUAAACCUCUAGUACAAAUUGUACUGUUAUUUCUUGAACAUAAAAAAAUAAGAGAAAAAAAGUUUGUACAAAAGAUGUUACUUUAUGAAGUUAUAAGGCAUUCCAUGAUGUAACCUCUUAUUUAUAAGCACUCUUGGUUGUUAUUUCAUAUUGUAGAAUGCCUUUUUGAUUGGUAACUUUUUGUUCUGUCUAAUUAUUCUCCCAUGAUUCCACUGCUGCUUUAUCUUUAGGCAUAUGAAAGGUAACCCAUGGUUACCAGCACACUGAGUGACUCUGUUCUGCUACAUUUUUGGCAGUUAAUUUGCAGACGUAACUGACAGCUGACACCAUAUGAGAAUCUAUGUAUAAAAUAUUGGCAUGUAAACAGCACAGACACUGUUAUGCACUCUGUGCCCUGUUUUUGUUGUUGACAAUGAAGCACCCAUUAUAUGACUUCAUAUAACCUUUUUUCUACUGCAGCAUUAAAAUGUUUUUUGCAAUAA